UUUCAUUUGGGGGAUGAAAAGUGAUUUUGAUAAAGAUAAUAGGUAUCAAAAUCUAAAAGGACUUAAAUUGGGGGAUAAAGAUGUAAUUUAUCCCAGUGACAAUGCGAGUUCAGCUCUUCCCGGAAUUGAACACUUGUUAAAUUUGUGACUCAAAAAUUCCAAAUCAUGGCGGAUGAAAACCCGACGGAUAAUCAGCAAAGUACCGCCGCCAUAGAAUUCUCCGAUGCCGAAAGCAAUGGCGGCACCAACCGUAUCUUAACCGCUACUCAUUCGACAGCUCCAAUUACAGCGGACGGUAAUCCAAAUGACCUCCUGCAAGAUUCCACCGCACAAGACUUCUCGGAAUCCGGCACCGAUGCCGGCGAUAAAGCAGACAGUGGUGACGUAAUUACGACAAGCAGCUCUAAUUCGCCGGUGGCGGAGAGCCUCUACUCUCUUAUUUCAUCUGUAUUGACGAGUUUCGAUUCCAGAGCCGACGCCACAUCUCGCAGCCAAGAACAACUUGCUUUUUCCCUCGAUCGUCUCACCGGAGAGCUCGAUAAAUUGUUGGAGGACGCACCCUCGCCCUUCAUUAUGCAGCAUGCAGGAAGGAUUUCUGGCCUCAGGAAAAGGGUCAAAGCUUUGAAUACUGUUUUGAAGAAUGUACAGCGACAAAUUGAUAAUAUGGACCGAAUGAUGUCAGCUGGAUUGGUGCAUGAAAAAUUGGCGGGAGAAAGUAGCGGACAACAACCCGAUUCGUAGUGGAGGGUUAAUUUAGCACCAACCUGAUGGAUUAUAGAGACUGAAGUUGGAUUGACUGCAAUGAUUUACUACUUACCAUUCAACAGUGGUUAUAUAUGUGCAGUUUAUGUUGUGAUGAGAAUGUGAUGUAUAAGUUAUUUUUCCCCUUAAUUCCUAUGCGAAUAAAAUUCUUUCGUUUUGGUUGCCUUGCAAAUGUCCUCCCCAAAGUGUUUAACGGAGACAUACGCAUCAUUCAGACUAUAAAAUCUCAUUAAAAAAAAUACUUUAAUGGAACAAGAUUGUUCAAAACUAAUGGAUUGAAUCGAAUAAACAAUAAGUCUAGUUUAAA